AUGAAUAAAGUGAACAAGGUUUUGAAGAUCCUUAAGAAGUCAUCGAGGAGAAGGAAGAGAUGGAGAGAGGAGCUGAGGGUGGAAGAAGAAGGGGAGAGCCAAGAACUGUGUGACCCAGGUGCUUUGUGCCACCUGCACCUCUGUACUGCUGAUGAUGGCCCUUACUCAAAGGGGAGCAAGGACUCUGGUGGGAUGGACGCAGCCCUGGUCUCCAGGAGGCAAAGCAUCCCAGAGGAGUUCAGAGGGGUCACAAUCGUGGAGCUGAUUAAGAAAGAAGGCAGCACCCUUGGUUUAACCAUUUCAGGUGGCACAGACAAAGAUGGAAAGCCAAGAGUCUCCAAUCUGAGGCCAGGAGGACUGGCUGCAAGGAGUGACCAGCUGAACGUGGGGGAUUACAUCAAGUCGGUGAAUGGCAUUAACCUGACCAAGCUGCGGCACGACGAGAUCAUCAGCCUGCUGAAGAACGUGGGCGAGAGGGUGGUGCUGGAAGUCGAGUACGAGCUCCCGCCGGCCGUGCCAGAAAGCAGUGCUGGCAUUAUUCCCAAGACCAUUGAAGUGUCCCUCUACAAGGAAGGCAACAGCUUUGGCUUUGUGCUGAGAGGGGGAGCCCAUGAAGACUGGCACAAGUCCAGGCCACUGGUGCUCACCUACGUGAGGCCGGGUGGCCCUGCAGACAGGGAAGGGUCCUUGAAAAUUGGGGACAGGCUGCUGAGUGUGGAUGGGAUUCCUCUGCACAGCAUGACCCACGCUGAUGCCCUCAACAUCCUGCGGCAGUGCAGCCAGGAGGCACUUUUCCAGAUCGAGUAUGAUGUGACCAUCAUGGAUACUGUAGCAAAUGCUUCUGGUCCUUUGCUAGUUGAAAUAGCAAAGACUCCAGGGUCUACGCUGGGAAUCACACUGACCACAGCCAUGCAUCGGAACAAGCAGGUCAUUGUCAUCGACAAGAUCAAGCCAGCCAGCGUGGUGGACAGAUGUGGUGCAUUGCACGUUGGCGACCACAUUCUCUCCAUUGAUGGCACAAGCACCGAGCACUGCUCCUUGUUAGAGGCAACUCAGCUUUUAGCUGCCACUUCUGAAAAUGUUAAGCUGGAGAUAUUACCUGUUCACCAAAGCAGGCUGCCUUUGAAGCCUCCAGAAACAGUCAAGGUGCAGAAGAGUGACCACCAUCACUGCUGGGACCCUUGUGUCAACUACUGUCACACCCACCACCCCGGACACUGCAAGACACCCACUUGGAACCAGACGUCUGGACAGGAUUACUGCAAAUCUCUGGUGGCUGCCAACUUCUCAUCUCCCACCAUGAACGCACAGGGAUUCCCGUGCCAGAACUCGAACACGCUACCUCGCAGCUCCCACCCCAUGAGCCCCCGCACCACCAUGCUGAGGAGGAGGCAGAAGAAGAAGGAGCACAAGAGCUCACUGUCACUGGCCUCCAGCACGGUGGGUCCUGGCGGGCAGAUAGUCCACACGGAGACGACAGAGGUGGUCCUCAGGGGAGACCCUUUGAAUGGCUUCGGACUUCAGCUCCAGGGAGGCAUCUUUGCUACGGAAACUCUGUCUUCCCCACCUCUCGUCCGUUUUAUUGAGCCUGACAGCCCGGCAGAGAGGUGUGGACUGCUGCAAGUAGGAGACAGGGUCCUUUCCAUCAACGGCAUCGCGACGGAGGACGGGACCAUGGAGGAGGCCAACCAGCUCCUGCGGGACGCGGCGCUCACCAACAAAGUGGUGCUCGAGAUCGAAUUUGAUGUCGCAGAGUCUGUCAUACCCAGCAGCGGUACUUUCCACGUUAAAUUGCCCAAGAAAAGAGGUGUAGAGCUUGGAAUUACAAUCAGCUCUGCAAGCAGAAAGCUUGGGGAUCCUUUGAUCAUCUCUGACAUCAAGAAGGGGAGUGUAGCACACAGAACUGGCACCUUGGAGCCUGGAGACAAGCUGUUAGCCAUUGAUAACAUCCGACUCGACAAUUGCUCAAUGGAGGAUGCUGUGCAGAUUUUAAGGCAGUGUGAAGACCUGGUCAAAUUGAAGAUUAGGAAGGAUGAAGAUAACUCUGAUGAGCAGGAGACAACUGGUGCUAUUAUCUACACGGUGGAGCUGAAGCGAUAUGGGGGCCCUUUGGGAAUAACCAUCUCUGGGACAGAGGAACCUUUUGAUCCCAUUGUCAUUUCAGGCUUGACUAAACGAGGGCUGGCAGAGAGAACUGGAGCCAUCCACAUCGGGGACCGGAUCUUAGCCAUCAACAACGUGAGUCUCAAGGGCAAGCCUCUGAGCGAGGCCAUUCACCUGCUGCAGAUGGCGGGAGAGACCGUCACCCUCAAGAUCAAGAAGCAGACAGAGAAAUCCUACCCCAAGAAGUCGGGGAGCAUAAAUGAAGUAAGCGACCCAGAGGAUGAGCUGACAGACUCCCAGAAAACUAGCAAGCUGUCUGAGAUAUACUCCACCACAAUUCCAAGUGUGGACAAUACUGUGGAGUCCUGGGAUGGCUCUGCCAUUGAUGCUGGGUAUGGAAGCCAAGGUACGUACAUACCCCAGGCUGCCGGCAUAGCCCUCCAUCCACACGAGUGGAGACACAGCAGGCAAAAGAGCAGCACCCCUCCAGCAGACCCCAGGAAAAGCUACCCCUACAUGGAUGGGAGCUUCAGUGAAGAUGACUGGGACAAGCCCAGCAGAUACCCCAACCGCCAAAAUGGCCUUGAGACCACUCAUGAGGACAAUUUUUGGCGUGUUUUUGGAGAAGCUUUGGAGGAUUUGGAAACAUGCGGCCAGUCUGAACUUUUGAGGGAGAUCGAGGCAUCCAUCAUGACAGGGAGCGUGCACAACCUGGGCCUGGAGGGCAGCAAGCUGCUCCUGGACUCUGUCAACCCCUCGGGAAUGAGCCCACUGAGGAAAGCCAACUCCAGCUGCACCGACGGACAGACUGAGGGCAGCAGCUCCCCUGCCAAGAAGAACGAGAGGAACCUGGACAUGAAGAAGAUCGAGAAGGAGAUGCAGGAAAUCAUGUCCCCGACCCCCCUUGAGUUUCACAAGAUGACACUCCACAAAGACCCAGAGAGCGAAGACUUUGGAUUCAGUUUGUCGGAUGGCCUGUUAGAAAAAGGUGUCUAUGUAAAUAUGGUCCGUCCGGAUGGGCCAGCAGAUCAGUGUGGCCUCAAGCCAUAUGACAGAGUGCUUCAGGUAAACCACAUCCGAACGAGAGACUUUGACUGCUGUCUGGCCGUUCCCUUGAUUUCAGAGGCUGGAGAUAAGCUGGACCUGGUGAUUAGCCGGAACCCCUUGGCACUGGCUGCCAACGCUCCCUCCGAGGGGAACAGAGAGCUCCUGGCGCAGGUGCCCCGCAGCGCCGAGGUCAAGGCGAGUGUCCAAACGCUCUGA